UAUUUCUAUAUAUAGUAGUCUAAAAUUGUGAAUCUCAUCACAAAUCCUACCACCAACCAACCAUGGAGAAUAUUCAAAAAAUCGUAAUCAUCUUCGCAUUCCUAUCUUUACUAGUCGACGCCGCCGUAUCCACCCCAGCCUCCCCUGAGGAGAGGUCCAGAUUCGGGUCGGUGAUCACCAAAACCUCAAGCAAGUCCAACUUCAAGAUCCCGAAGGAAUUCGAAAAGAUCUUAGGCAAGCACAAGAACCCAGAGGAAAUCAAAAGGCUCUUUUGACAAGUUCAAGAACCAAGGGAAAUUCAAAAGGGUCUUAGACAAGUACAAAUCCAAACUCCCCUGGAUAACAAAAAACAAAAAAAUCGAUCAAUUUCUGCGAGGUCUGUUAAGCCAGCAGAAGCAGUCGCCGCGCAGGCUGAGCGCGUUCGACGACUGCUUCGUGAUGACUGCCGACAUGAUAGACCAGAUCAAGACCAGCAUUGAGAUAUUCGAGGGCGUCGAAUGGUCCAAGGACGGCAUCUCAACCCUGAACGCGACGCAGAAGGUGCAAAUCUAUAACCUCCUCAGCGCCGCCCAGACCAACGUGGCCACCUGCCUCGACGGCUUCUCCCACAGCCGCGCUGACAAGAAGGUCCAGGCCAACCUCCAAGCCGACCUGAUGAUAUACCACCGCACCGCCGGCUUCUGGCUGUCGGUAGCGGAUGGCCUGGGGGGUAAGGACGCGAAGGAGGUCGCCAAGGAGGUGAAGAGGAGGAGGGGGGAGGAGUGGCCGGAGUGGCUGUCGGCUGAUGAUAGGAAGCUGCUGGAGGAGAAGGAGGUGAAUGGGCACCUGACGGUGGCGAAGAAAGGUGAGAAGUACCAGACGGUGUCGGCAGCGGUGGCGGUGGCGGUGGAGUUGGCGCGCAAGCUGGGGGAUAGUAAUAAGAGGAUUGUGAUUAGGAUAAAGGAGGGGAAAUAUAUGGAGAAUGUGGUGAUACCGAAAGAGCUGAAGAACUUGAUGUUCGUCGGAGAUGGCUACGACAAAACUAUUAUCGUCGCCAGCACGAACGUCGUCGACGGCAACACCACCUUCAAUUCCGCCACCGUAGGAGUUGCCGGAGAUGGUUUUCUUGCCCGUGACAUCACAUUUGGAAACAGUGCGGGGCCAUCGAAGCUACACGCCGUGGCCCUCCGCGUGAAUGCGGACUCCUCCGCCUUCUACCGCUGCGGCAUGCUCGGCAACCAGAACACCCUCUACGUCCACUCCGGCCGCCAGUUCUACAAACAGUGCACCAUUGUUGGCACAGUCGACUUCAUCUUCGGCAACGCCGCCGUCGUCUUCCACAACUGCGACAUCCGAGCACUCCGCCCCGAACCAAACAAAAAAUACACGAUCACCGCCCAGCGCCGCAGCCACCCCAGCCAGAAAACCGGCAUCGUCAUCCAGAACAGCGACAUCUUCGCCACGCCAGACGCCGAGGGAAAAUCUUCAACGUACCUCGGGCGGCCGUGGGGGAAGUACUCGAGGACCGUCGUGAUGGGGACUAAAAUCAGUGAUGGGAUACAUCCUGCUGGUUGGUCUGAGUGGGAUGGGAAAUUUGCUCUUGAUACUCUUUUCUAUGCUGAGUAUAACAACACCGGCGACGGGGCGGGUACGGCGAAAAGGGUGGAGUGGAAAGGGUUUCGGGUGCUGAAACCGGUGGAGGCGCAGUUAAUUUCAUCGCCGAUGGGAUUUAGCUGA